CCGGGCCAUGCCAGCCGCCGCCGGGCACGCCACGCCGGGCGAUGAUGGCUCCGGCCGGUCCCGGUCCCGCUGAGGGAUCUCAGGGUGCCCGCUGAGGGGUCGCUCCCGGCGGUCGGGGGCGUUUAGCAGCGCCUUGAAGCAGAGCGGCCCGUCUCUUCCAGACCUUUGUCUGGAUGGGAAGAAAAAAAGGAUGGAGGAGCAGUGGUGGAAAGGGGAGCUGGCAGCAGACAUCCAUCAGACCUUGAGGACGAAGGAACUGAAGUUGCCUGUGUAUAAGGCUCAUUCACCACAGAUCGGGAUGCGCCGAUACUUCAUUGAUCUCUUGACUGUCUUCAGCAACCAUUGCAAUCUCUGCCCUACAGCCCGGCAUCUUGCUAUCUAUUUAUUGGAUCUCUUUAUGGAUCGCUAUGAUACCACUGUCAAGCAACUGCACAUCAUUUCAUUUGCCUGUCUUCUCCUAGCAAGUAAAUUUGAAGAAAAAGAAGAUAAAGUUCCAAAGUUGGAGCACUUAAAUAACCUGGCAUACAUGUGCAAUGUGAAUGUGGUAUUGAACAAGAAAGAUUUGCUUAGAAUGGAAAUGCUCCUUUUGGAAAACUUCAACUGGAACCUCUGUCUACCAACACCAGCUCACUACAUUGACUACUACCUCUAUGUGUCCAUUGGUGAGAAUGACCUUCACAAUGGCUGGCCGAUCACCUCACUGACCAAAAUCAAAGAUUUUCUGGAGAAAUAUGCCUAUUAUUUCCUUGAUUUCUCAGUGCAAGAUCAUACUUUCCUCUAUUUUCGUCCAUCUCUGAUUGCUGCAGCUUGUGUGUGUGCCUCACGGAUCUGUAUGCAGAUUUCUCCUGCCUGGACAACACAGCUCGAAUUGCUAACAUGUUAUUCCUGGGAGCAUCUUGCCCAAUGCAUUGAAAUGAUGCUCAUAUAUUAUGAGAAUGACAUCAAAGAAGCCAGUAACAUAAAAAAGCAAGUAACAAUUCAACAUCAAGAACAGGAGGCGGUGGGAAACCUGAGCCAUCAAGCCACUACUCAAGUUCUCUUCCAGCCAUCUAGUUAUCACCCUUUAGCCCAGCAUUCGGCUACACUUUCCCAGUUCCAGUCGCCAGUGCAAGAUUUGUGCUCUGCCUAUCGUGACUCCUUGCAGCCCCACAGGCCCAGCAGCCUGCUUGCUGGGAGCGCUGACAGCUCGCUGCGUUCCUGUGCAGCUCUUCAGGCCAGCCUCCGGCCGUCUGCCCAGGCUCUGCCCAUCCCAAUGCCCGUUGCCCUGCAGGUGGCAUUAGGAACAGAGCCCAGAGACUGCAUUUCAACGGCUUACGGCAGUAGUUACUUCAGUGGUCAUCACUUGUAUGCAGCAGGGUGUUUUGAUGGAUAAAUAUGGAUGGGAGAAAAAGGUGAUAUGAAUAGAAGCUGAAGAAGAGAGCCUGUGUGUAAUACAGGAUGUGUACCUGAAUGAAAAUGAAGAAACAGAAUCCCUGUGACUGACUCAGAGGAUGUUGAUCUGGAUCCACUGAUCACUGCAACCUGGGUGCCUUUCUGCCAAGGGUUGUACCUUUGGCUCUUAAUGAGAGAGAGAAAUAGAAAUGCAUUGAUAUACCUCAUCCUUGUCACUUUGAAAGGCAUCUGCGUAGAGUCCCUGUGGAGAUUACUUCCUUCUAGUCUUCAGUUAGCGACUUGUCAGAGUUGGCUGAAAGCUUAUGUUGAAGAGUUAUUUCAAGCUGGAAUGUUUGUUGAAUUUUUGGCCAAGUAGCAACGUACUCAGAGUAUGUUGUUGGAAAACAGAGUGCUCUCCUCUCCCAGUGACGUGUCAUUUGAACAGUGGCAGCUUAUACUACUGAAAGCUUCUACUUAAAUGUACUGAAAUUGGUAUCAGUUAAAUAUGAUUAAAUUCUUCAUCUACACAGAAAUCUAUGCGCAGGACACUUUCUGUUUUCUUUAAGCAAGAAUGAGAGUUUAGGAGUAAAACUUUAGGAUAAAAGGAAAAAAAGAAAAAUGGACCAAAAGACUAUCAAAUAAUUUUUGACUUAAAAUUCUCUUGGAAUCUAAAUGUGGUGCUGCUGAACAGAACACCACUCUGCCUUCAAGUACUUUAGAAACAAAACCAAAACCUUAAAUCAUCUCUUAGAUCUUUAAAUGCUGCUGCUUUUGAGACUGGAGUUACUGUUACUAAAACUAUUCAUGAGCUUUAUCAGGGAUUUAAUGUUACUUGAAGAAAUCCUCUUGGAAUAACUCUUGAAAGGUUCAGUGCCUUCAGUUACUUCAUCUUUUGGGCUCAAUGGCUUGUGGCAGUAGUCAGGCUCAGGACAGAGGAACUGAUGGGGGCCUAGAUAGGGAACUGGUUAACUUUACUGUGAAAUCAGACUUUGAUUGCAGUGCUAGACAAUGCUGACUUUAGGUUUUUUAAUACUAUCUUAGCAUUCUUUGGAAAAUGUAGCUGGUAAAUUAAAGAUUGUGUUGCUGCUUUGCAAUGAGACACCCACCUACUGUCACACACCCAAAGGUUUCUUUCUCAACUGAAACCAGGGAUGAUUGCUCAGAAAAGCGUAUAGGCUUUUUUUCUUUCUUAAUGUAGAUAUUUACAAGAAAUGGACUUUGGCAAAGGUGAAAUUUUAGUUUUGAUAUAUGCAACCACUAUUGUAAACUUGUUUGAGGGCAGUACUCUUGGUUUGUCUUUUCUCUGAAGGUUUCUCAGGAGAGCAAUACAAGUAAUGUGCAAUAUGCUUUUAUUGACUUGUGGCAAUUGUUUCAAGUCAUGUGUCACAAUGCUGUUUUAAAUUAUAUUUUUAGAGAAUUGUUUUUAAGGGUGUUUUAGGGUGGAGGGGAAAAACUAGCCUGUAUGCUAAUGCGUGUUUGUGUAACUGUCUUCUGAGAAUUCAACUUUUGGUAUCAAGUUAAUAAUUUCUACUAUUCGGCAGGCUAGAGGAAUCUUCUUGUUUUAUUUAAAAAAAAAAAGCAAACUGUAACUGAAGAGGCAGUACUCUUCAGAAAUUAGUCUAGAAUUUUAGAUAACAUGGUUAAUCUUCUGUUAGCUUUGUAUUUAUAUUAAACUUUAUUUUCAGAAGACUUUAGUGUAUUUUUAUUAUGUCAUUUGACAGACCUAAAGAACAACAUAUGUGUGGCAGUAUUGUUGUGUGGUUUUUCUUUUUUGUAUCACCCUUCUAAUUUGUGUCACGUGCAGUAUUAUGCUCUGGACCACCAUUGUGCUUAACUGUGAAAAUACUUGCGAAGUUCCCAGUGACAGUUUCCAAUAAACAAGCACACUGUUGAAGUA